AUGGCGCGUCCGAACCUCGCACUGGCCAUGGGCCUGGCCCUGCUCGCCUUCUGCCUGCUGGCGCUGCCCGGGGACACCUGGGCCUGGCCCCGGGAGCGCAGGACCGGAGAGCGCCAGAACCUGUCGCCCAGCGACCCGCAGGUGAAGAAGGCGGCGCAGGCGGCCGUGGCCGGGUACAACAUGGGCAACAACAGCCCCUACUUCUUCCGCGACACCAAAGUCAUCAAGGCGCAGAGCCAGCUGGUGGCAGGCAUCAAGUACUACCUGACCAUGGACCUGGGCAGCACAGCCUGUCGGAAGAGCAUGGUUACUGGAGACCACGUGGACCUCACCACCUGCCCCUUGGCUGCAGGGGUAGAGGAGGAGAAUCUGCGCUGUGACUUCGAGAUCUUGGUCGUCCCCUGGCAGAACUCCUCCAGGCUGCUGAAGCAGGACUGUGUGCCACUGUAAUGGCCCCGGGCGGGCGGCCGCCGAGGGCAGCUUGGGCCCCGGCCACAAUAAAUCCCCAGCAUGC